UCAACGAAGAAAAAGAAUAGCUAAAAGCAGUUGCUUAGGAGUAGGACCAUAGCUUGUCCCUUCAUUAGCUCCCACUUAUGUGAACACCAUCGUUCAUCUAAUUUCUUCUCCUCUACUCCCUUCUACAGUCUCCAAAUCAAAUUUCUUCUGCGCCUCUCUUUUACCACAUAUUCCUUCACCUCUCCUCUCGAGAGAUCGAUCGAUCAAUCGAGGAAGAACUUCGAUAAUUUCAAUUCGAAUCUAGGGUUUCCACACGUUGCACUUUAAUUUCUCGAUUUUUGCCUUCAAUUCUUUGGGUUUCAGAAAAGAGAAGGCCAGUAGAAGUCGUCUCCAUGUCGAUCGAUAAAGGGAAAGACAUACAGGAAGGCUCAUCAUCGAGAUCAGCCACUUCUGUAAGUAAUCAGCCGCCCCAGCCACCUCAGUUAAGCCGAUAUGAGUCACAGAAGAGGAGGGAUUGGAACACCUUCUGCCAGUACUUGAGGAAUCAAAGGCCACCGGGUGCUCUCUCUCAGUGCAACUCAAACCAAGUGCUAGAUUUCCUCAGGUAUCUCGACCAGUUCGGAAAGACUAAAGUUCACAUGCAAGGGUGCCCCUUUUUUGGACAACCUGAGCCGCCGAGCUCGUGCAACUGCCCUCUCAAGCAAGCCUGGGGAAGCCUCGACGCCCUUAUUGGGAGACUCCGAGCUGCUUACGAAGAGAAUGGAGGGUUGCCAGAGACGAACCCCUUUGCCAGCGGCGCUAUCAGAGUAUAUCUGCGUGAAGUGCGGGAAUCUCAAGCGAAAGCUCGAGGAGUACCUUACAAGAAGAAGAAGAAGAGGAAGAACCUUGCAAGGGCCGGAGAUGGCAGCUCGAACUCAAGCAACCCUAUUCAGUAAUGUUCUUCGACCAUGCAUGCAGAGAUGACAAUCUUUGCUUACGGAAAACGGUGGAGGCUAAGUAAUUUGAUCGUGACCGAGGAUUUUCCUUGUUAGAUUUUGGAGCAGCGACUAUUGUUAUCAACAACUCUCUCCUUCAGAAAUGCAAAGAAUUAGAUGGUAUUGUAUAAGUUUGGUCGUUUCUAUUACCUCAAAGAUAUAUAUGUGUAUAUAUAUAUAUAUGUAACUUUUUAUCAGAUCAUCAUAAUAUUAAUUACUCCAUGCAAGAUGGUCAUCAAUAUAUAUUUAGAACAACUUAGUCAAGUCUCAAUCUAGAUCGACACUCUAAUUUUCCUUUUCUCGUUUCGGUGAGAUCGAUACUCUAUUUUCCUUUUA